UCGCCGACUUUUCGGACGACGAGAGGCUUAACGGCCGAAUUUCAGGGGUCGAAACUGUUUAAAAAAACAGCCGAAAAAUAAUAUUUUUUGAGCACCAUAAAAUUCUUAAGGUAACAAUGUAAUAAGAGGGACUGAUGGAGGCGUGGCUGAGAGAUCUCGCAUGGAAUGGAACAGCUAGAUACAACCCACAACCGGCUAAACUAAAUAAAUAAACACAUGGAUAAGGUUAACUAAUAACGGCCCACUUAAAAACUGCGAUGGAGGAAAUUGUGAAGAAAACACCAAAAGACAAGAAAAUUAACUGUAAAAACUUGCACGACUACUUGAAAACCUUGACGCCCGACGUUUUGGACCGACUCUACAACCAUCCAGCAACUUGUCUGGCUGUAUUUCGAGAACUGCCAGACAUAGCCAAACAUUAUGUCCUUCGCUUGUUGUUCGUCGAGCAGUCCCUUCCUCAAGAGGUAGUCGCUUCGUGGGUGUCUCAGGCGUACUCAAAAGAGCUCCUGGAGGUUGUUGGGGUGCUAAGUGAGCUCCGGGUUUGGCAGGAAACUUCCCUCACAGGCGGCCUUGUUGGACGAAUACUCAAUCCGACGUUCAAGAAAAACAUGAAGAUCGCCAUGAAUGGAGGGGGAAAGCCGUGGAGUUUGUCGGCACAAAUGGAGGCUGAUGCCAAGCCGAGGGACAUACCUUUCUUAGACAAAUACGCUUCGGAGAGGUGGGAGUGUGUCCUGCACUACAUGGUAGGCUCUCAGCAGCAGCAGCAAGAGGGUGGAAUCUCAGCGGACGCUGUGCGAAUAUUGCUGCACGCCGGGCUCAUGAAGAGAGACGAGGAGGACGGUGGCUCCACCUGCAUCACCAAAGAAGGUUUCCAGUUUUUACUGCUCGACACUCCUGCUCAAGUUUGGUAUUUUUUGCUGCAGUACCUAGACACUGUUGAGUCUCGCGGAAUGGACCUGGUUUCCUGUCUCGCAUUUUUGUUCCAGUUGAGCUUUUCUACUUUAGGAAAGGACUACAGCACUGAGGGAAUGAGUGAAAGUUUGCUUGUAUUUUUACAACACUUGCGCGAAUUCGGACUUGUGUACCAAAGGAAGAGAAAAGCUGGUCGAUUUUAUCCAACCCGCUUGGCCCUUGACAUCGCCUCUGGCAAAGGAAAUGUUGCUAGGAAUUCUUCUCACCCAGGCUUCAUCAUUGUGGAAACAAAUUACAGAGUUUACGCCUACACUGAAAAUAACCUUCAAGUCGCCUUGUUAGGAAUCUUCACGGAACUCUUGCUGAGGCUGCCAAAUCUUGCUGUCGGUGUGCUAACGAGAGACUCAGUGCGGCAGGCACUGAGAUCCGGAAUCACAGCCAAGCAAAUUAUCGACUUCCUGAGGCAGCAUGCCCAUCCAGAAAUGCUAAAGGAACCUCCAACCCUUCCUCUCACCAUUGUUGACCAGAUUCAGCUUUGGGAGAACGAACGAGAGAGGUUUACCGACAGUGAAGGCGUUCUUUACAAUCAGUUCUUGUCUCAGUCUGACUAUGCGGUGCUUCGUGAUCACGCCAAGACAUUGGAUGUUUUAAUUUGGUCUAAUGACCAGAGAAGGACAGUGGUUGUUACUAAAGAAGGGCACGAAGAAGUUAGGAAGUUUUGGAAGCGAUUUUCUAAAGGGUCUAAUAUGUGAUACAGCUUAAUUAUAUUAAAUGGUUGUUUCAUAAUAGAAA